UACCAAUGUAAACAAAUGGCGGCCGCCUUGGCAACUGCGUCAGUUGAAUGAACGUCGAAAUAAGAAAGCCCAUAGACCCGACCGAGUAUUAUCGUCUGCUGUAGGAGUAGGUAUAUUGCAAGUCGCAGAUCAUGGCGUUUUUUGGAUUGACACAACUUGGUUAUCAAAGCACUAUAAGAGAGAGUUCCGUGCAAUCAAAACUUGAUCCACGGAGGUCAAAAACACAGCUGGGAUUCAAGGCGCUGCCUCCUCUCACUGAGAAAAACCCAGGCCUUCGUUCCAUCGUCCCCAUUAACCAAGUAUCCAGCUAUGCUCCGGGGCCACAGGGGUCGUAUGUUGAAUUCACAAGGAUGAGGACUAAGCACAUCCGAAACCCCAAAGGUCCUCAUGAUAUCUACCGCUUCCCAGUGAGCACGUCUAUCCAGACAGGCUGGUAUGUUCUCCCCAGACCUCUCACAGCCCGGGAGCCCUGGACCUACACUCCUCGUCAUGCACAUGUCAACAGUGAAAUGACCAGAUUUGUCAAUACAAUGGCGCUGACAAACAGGGAAUUCACAUUGUUCUGAUGAGGCUAUUAUCUCCAUCAGACAUCAUUUGUACUUACAAUCAACUCAUGUGACAUCAUUGCCUGUCAUCAGCUGUGUGAACAUAUUCUGAAUCCUAAUUUCUGUAUUUGUUUUCAUUUUUAUGUUUUAUCUAAUGCAGUAAACAAAUCGUUUUUUGUUAAUUGUUUAUUUCAAAUAAUGGACUUGUGUCUCAAGCAUUACAAAGGGUAUGGUUUGGCAUCGUGUCAGACACUAAUCCACUGUGUUGUGUCGGACUGGUAUUAAUAGAAUGCCCCCAAGACGAUGUUCUUGUUUUUAUUGUAAAAAUUAAGGGGAUUAUAGAUUUAAAUAAUUUUUAUUUCACAUUCUUAGAAAGAAAUGUGGUGUCACCCUGCUUGCCCAUUUGUAUUUUGUGAAGAAUUGGUAUUAAAUGAUUCCAUGGUUUUAAUUUGUAAAUCUUUAGAUGGGUCUCUAAUCAUUCAGAAGGGAUGUCAGAUUCCUUAUUUCAAUGACCUAGUCUCAAGCAUGCAUAGACUUUCUCAGUGAGAAACAAAGUCUCUCCAUAGCAUGGCUAUUUAUACUCAGAUUCAAUGUAACUUCAUAUUUGACUAUUUGAUAUCAACAGUAUUAUUGAGUUGGGAACUACUUUUCAAAGAAACAUUUUUGAAUUGAUUAAAUUUGUUUUACAAUCUUUGAGGAUAAAUCUUCAAUUUUACAUAUACAUGUAUUUACAUAUGUUUGUUUGCACACAUCUAUCAACUUUAGAUAGUGAGUAUUACCUUAGGGCUAAGCGUAAUCAUUGUUGCCAGAAGACUGGGGCAUGUUGACGUCAUCAGAGCGACACCCCCAUAUGUCUGUUUGACCUGUUAGGAAUUCUCACGUUCGAAACCCACUUAAGUUUAUUUUUUCGAGGAGAAGGUUGAAGGUUGAAGGGUGAAGACAUAGGCGGUUUGUCAAAUAGCCUUACAUGAUCGUGAAGCUUUCACAGAAUGUUUCUUAAACUAGCACUCCAAAUAAUUAUAAAACAUCUCAAUUGGUAAAAAAUUCUUUUUAAUAAUUUGGCAACAAUGUAUUAUAACCGAACAAUUCAUUUUACAACUCUGGCAAAGAGCUGAAUAUUUUCUAUGCUUUUUAAUCACUCUCAAUAUUUGUCUUUAGAAAUUUUCUAUCUUUUGAUGUCUGUGUGUGGUAGGUCUUUGAAGAAGGUACAAAUAUUGAGAGAGACUUCUUUUGGAAAGUUUGUCAGCAUGGUAAUGCAGUAUUUCAUAGUACUAAGAUUAUUGCCUGUACAACCCUACAACAGUUUUAUGAGGGAUCCAGUGUCCUGCUCCACUCAGUGAUCUUAGUGCCAUGAUUAUUGUAAGUCCCCUACGUUAACAGAGACAGGCCUUCAGUAGGCAUAGUCCUGCAGUGACUUAGUGGAAUGUCGCCGGGGCCACAUCCACAAAGCAAUGUCAGAACUCUUGAACUGUCGUAAAUCAGUGUUUAAGUAAGCAACAAUCAUCUUAGUGCUAAGUUGACUUAGUGGAGCGGGGCCAGGGCCCUGUUCCACUAAGUGAUCUUAGCGCCACGACUAUCAUUUGUCUAUGUUGAAACAAGGGAGUUACGAUUGCCUUAGCGCUAAGAUCGCUUUGUGGAACAGGGCCCUGGCCUCAGAUCCUGGCCUCAGAUGUUCUCAGAUCCUGGUGUUGAAGCAGAAUGGAAGAUCUACAAAGUGUCAUGGCCUUCAAACCCAGAAACCUUCUCAGUGAGGUUACAGGACUGUGAGGAUUGUUUCAAACUCCUGAAAUAUUUGGUCUUUGCAGAAAGGUUUGAUUGGGUUUUUAUCUCUCAGUCUCAUUUCUAACCAGAUGUUUGUGUCUGCCGAGAGAAAAUAUUAUUACUGUAUCAGUAUUACUCGCAAUUUGAUGUAUUUGACUACUUGUCACCUCUUUUUACAGAUUUACCUGUAUUUUAUCCCUUUUGCCAAUUUUAGUGUAACUUGUCAAUUAUUCCAUGUACAAUUAAUCCAGAACUUGCAAAACGCAAACCCAGAUUCCAAAUGAUUUCACUGCAAACAGAUUAACAUGGUUUUACUGUAAUCGUGAAUUUGUGUGUUCUGUAUUGUUGGAGUCUGUCUCUAUUAGCUGAUGUGUAUUGGGAUAAUAUAUCUGAAUCAUACAGCACCUAUAGGCAGGAUACCGUAGUGACGAGGAUGCUAUUCAUGUGUACUAUCAAUCAUGAAAUUAAUGUGAACGUGGAGUUAUGUGAAAAAUGCGAGUGUCUUUGCAUCUGGACAUAUUGGAGUUUAUUGUCAGGUCAGAUUCACUGCACAAGCUGGACAUACAUAACACAGCCCCCAAUAACCUCUGUAGACAGUGCUUAUUACCAAGUUCCACAUUGAAAGUGGUCAGUUUAUUUACACAUGUCGAUCAAGUCAAAAGUUGCCAAUUGUCUAUAAUGGUGUCUUUGUUCUUGGUAACCCUGCCAAACAAUCUUAUAAUUACAAGCAAGACAUUGCGCACUCACGUAGUUAACAUGUCCAGUACUGACAGCAGUCGUGGUGGAUACAUAACAUUGCUCAUAUAAUUAUAUAUACUCACCGACAAAAGACACACGAACACCAUACAUGUUGGUUAAUGUAUGAAGAAUUACUCAAAUUCAAGAGCUAUUAGAUUGGUUCGACACACAAAUGAAUAUAUUGGUAUGUUGUGUGAAUCGACGCUCAUGAAGAGUCACAUGUGACGUCAUAGGUCCAUGACUCAAGAUGAACUAUUUGUCUCGUGCAAGGUUAGCGUGUAAAGUUUGGAAAUCUUGGCAGCAUAUCGUAAAAAGAAUAACGACACUCUGUGGUAACAUUUGACUAAUUGUUAGUUUUGUCGUUAAGUGGUACACAUUGGAAACAUCUGUUCUUAACAUAUAUACUUCUGUGGUUCAAGUUUCUUUUGGCAGUGAGUAUAUGUUCAAAGGAUAACCCUUGUAUCAACACUUGGAACCUGUACAGUCUUCGUCGGUGACCCGACCUAUCUCAUUUGAAUAUGCCUAAUUUGUAAUUUCCUGCUUUUGAUUUCAUGGAUGUUAGAUCGCAUGUCAAGCAGUUGAAGUUUGUGAUGAUAUUACUUAAACUAACUGCUAUCACCCCCUGAUGGAAUUCUAAGUCUACAGUCUUGGUGUUAUCGUUUUCUGAUAACUUUUAUAGUUCAAAGGCAGGGCUACUCUCAUUAAUUUAGUGACCCAUUAAUUUCAUGAUCCAUCUUGUCCAUCUUGAUUCCUGGUCCAUCGAUCACUUGAUUGUCUGGUUUGUCAACAGGCCACUGUCGCUUGGCAGGAGGAGUCCUGCUGUGCGGCGUCAACAAUAAAUACUUACUUUUUUAGGCCAGUUUUGUGAAUGGUGGUUCUACCGACAGGGCAAGACAUGCUUACCUUUUUUGCGAACAACUGGUGUCAUCGCUGACCUGAGCCAACAUUUGCCUUUGACCAUGUCUCACGUGAAGUUUUAAAUACAUGUAUUUCUAUUCAAGUUGUUAAAAAAAUAUUCUAAAAUCGACUGAAUUGAGAAGAGCUGAAAAUAAAUCCAAUGUCUCCUAAA